AUGCACAGAUGCACCCUCUUCUUCAGGCUUCGCCCCAGGUCUAUCCCGGGCGACGACGACGACGAGGUUGCGGAUGCCGUAGAUGGCACCAACAUCAAUGAGAAAUGCAGCCGGCGACCCCGGGACUGGCCUGCUCUCUUCUUGACGGUGCUCAGGUUUCUCCAGUUUGCUUAUUUUGCCUUUGCGUAUUUCGCGCUUCACGGCUUCCAGAGAUCGAGUUACUUCCACGAGGAUGGACCCUGGCAGCAAUCGCCGCACGAGAUACGUCAUGCGCAACGGAUGAUGCGCUGGGCUCGGAUGCAGGCUUCUAUAAGCUUGAUCUACCACGCCGGUGUUCUCAUCGUCCCUUGGCUACUCCGUCUCCUGAGGGCGACAAAGCGACCCUUCACCGGUUUGGGUGCCGUCUUCGGUGACGGGUGCGCCAUGGUGGCCCUGCUCAACACGCUAUGCACGUUGGACACCGCUCACGAGGGCUAUUGUCACAGUCCCCCCCCAAGGGGUGUGAUCACCAAGGUUUUGCCGGCCGGUGACAUCGAGCAGGGAGUGAUUCAGGGUCCAGUGCGUGAAGAGGCUCGUGCAUCAGCGAUGCACCAACGACGACCUUCGCCGCCACCUUCAUAUCACUCCGUCAUCCCUGAGCCGGCUCAGGAUGAUCAAGAUUACGCCGGGCGUACCACACCGUCUCAAGAGCUGCGAAGCCGGGCCUCUGUGGAGACGACAUCGUCUCUUGGACUCGAGAGGUACGGAUACCUCGUGUCGGAUGGAUGGCGUGCCCCGGAGCAGCCGCCAAUGUACUCGAGCAGGCCACCAAGUCUGCGUCAGGUGGUGAACUGA